AUUUCCUAGUUAGCUGGGGUGUUUAGCUUGCUAGUCGGUGCUUGUCAGACACCAAGCCACCAAGGCUUUUUAUUUUUAAAUUAUUAUUAUUAUUAUAAUAUUCGUAUUAUUUUUGCUCUUUGAGUGACAUGUGUUUGCAAACAUGCCGCCGUGAACCGAGAAGCCACAGCUAAAAAUAGCAAAUAAAAUUGUUUUUGUUUUUUUUUUUUUUUUUUUUAAAAAGGCUUCCCCUUUAGCUGAAGCCAGGUAUUAGCAGGCUAACGACAUACACCAGUCAUGGAGUUCAACAAAUUGGUGACCUUGUGGAUACUUUUCCUGUGUCUCAUUGGAGAAAGUUGGACUGAGAAACUAAGUUCACCUACACCGGACAGUCAGAUUGUUGAAAAUGGGGUGUCAGAUUUUUGUCGCAUCGAUGAGCCACUAUGCAAGGAUGAGAACGCCUUUCUCAGCUACGAAGCUAUCCGUAGUAUCCACAAGCAGAUGGAUGAUGACGCAAACGGCAAUGUAGAUGUGGCAGAGACAGACGGCUUCCUGAGAGAAGAUCUGAACUACCAUGACCCCAAAGCCAAGCAUAACAGCUUCCAUGGGGAUGACCAGUUCAUCAGUGUGGAGGACUUGUGGAACGCAUGGAAGAUUUCUGAAGUGUAUAAUUGGACAGUGGAUGAGGUGGUGGAAUGGCUCAUCACCUAUGUGGAACUGCCACAAUAUGUAGAUGCAUUUCGCAAGAUGAAUUUUAAUGGAAGUGCCAUGCCAAGGCUUGCUGUAAAGAACACCACUCUGACACUCUCUAUUCUGAAGAUCCUGGAUCGCAGCCAUGUGCAGAAGUUACAGCUCAAGGCUUUGGACACUGUAUUGUUUGGAGCUCCUCUGAUGAAUAGACAUAACCACUUGAAGGACUUCAUGCUGGUAGUGUCAAUAGUCAUAGGCAUGGGUGGCUGCUGGUUUGCCUACAUCCAGAACCGCUACUCUAAGGACCACAUGAAGAAGAUGAUGAAAGACCUGGAGGGCCUACAGAGAGCUGAACAGAGUCUGCAUGACCUGCAACAGAAGCUGCAGAUCGCCCAGGAGGAGCACCGUACAGUGGAAGUGGAGAAGGUGAACCUGGAGCAGAAGCUGAGGGAUGAGAUCAAUGCAGCCAAGCAGGAGGCCCAUCGACUGAGGGAGCUGCGGGAGGGCACAGAGAACGAACUGAGUCGGCAAAAGUACGCUGAAGAAGAGCUGGUACAGGUGCGCAUGGCAUUGAAGAAAGCAGAAAAGGAGUUGGAGUCACGGAGUGGCUGGUCUCCACCAGAGUCUCUCCAGAAGUGGCUGCAGCUCACCCACGAGGUGGAAGUGCAGUACUACAACAUCAAGAAGCAAAAUGCUGAACGGCAGCUCCUGCUGGCCAAAGAAGGGGCAGAGAAGAUAAAGAAAAAGAGGAACACUCUCUUUGGGACUUUCCAUGUGGCGCAUAGCUCCUCUCUGGAUGAUGUUGACCACAAGAUACUGGCAGCAAAACAAGCCCUGGGCGAGGUGACAGCUGCUCUGCGGGAGAGGCUUCAUCGCUGGCAGCAGAUAGAGAUCCUCACCGGAUUUACCAUCGUCAACAACCCAGGCCUCCCAUCUCUGGCCUCAUCCCUCAACCUUGAUCCCACCUACAUGGGUGGCAGAGCUACACCUCAGCACUUCAUCAUGUCUGACGACAUGGACGACAUGGACGAGGAUAUCGUGCCUGGAACUCUGCAAUCUCCCAGUAUGAUGUCCCUGCGCCAACGCCACAUUGACCCCCAGCUGGCCAUGGGCUCCCAGAGGUUGGUAGAGAGCUGCCUGUUGGCGGGGCAGCAGGGAGAGGGAACCCCAUACCCAUCCAGGUCUAGGGCUACCCUCAGACAGUCACGCAGCCAGUCGUUUGGGCAGCUCGAAUGUCUCCCUCUACCUCCUCUUUCCUCAGCUGUGUCUCACCCUUCCAUCGUAUUUACCUCCAGCCUAAACCCUCAGCCCCCGUCCUCCUUGUCCGCCUCUUCCUCCUGCUUACCCAGCUCUGUGGGUGGCAGUGUAGCCCCUCAUUCCUCCCACAUAUACCAUGCUUCCUUCCAGCCCAUGGACCCCAUUCCUGAUUUCACCUUCUCAGAUGUCUCCAAAGCGCACUCCUCGUGCAGCGGCAGCUUUGGGGACCUAAAUCGCUCCGACUCCGACUCCUCCCUGUCCCUCUCCCAAGUUGGUGAUCGGCUAUCUGCAUACAGCUCCAAAGCGCACCUAAUCAAGCCCACCACUCUCAUGCACGGCCUGUCCGGUCGUGCAGAUGACAUCAUCUCACUGCAUGCUCAAACCCCCAAUGGAGGUAACCGUAUUCAUGAGGUCAAUCCAGCAGAGCCCAUCCCCGACAGCCCCAUACUCAUGAAGACGGUGUACGGCAUGGAGAAGUCGCCCAGCCUGGGAGAGAUCAACAGCCUGUCAGAGUCCUCCCGCUCCCUCAGCCCCAAUUCCACUGAACCUGACACACCGUCACCAACGGGAGGAGGGCAACCAGGGGUCGUGGGGGCAAAGGGCAGCACCCGCAUCCCGCAGCUGUCCUCCAAGAAGAGCCCGCUGGAGGAGGACAGUGGCUCUACAGGAGAAGACACAGAUUCCACUGCCAGCCGCAAGAAACAUACCUUCAAGAUCUUCAAGAAACAGAGGAAAUAAGGGCUACAUGAACUACAGGCUGUCAAAGCUGUUUGACUGUAUUCCUCUGGUCUGUUUUCGAAAAAGAAAAGUUUUUGGUGUUCAUUAAUUGUCAGAUGAUGGCACAAGUUGUUGCCGUUUCGCUUUUUUGUAGGUACAACACCUACUCUGAGUAACUGGACUGUGGGAACAACCAGCUGUUCAGUUUUAUCUGCUUAUUGGGUCAAUGUUGAAUAUAUGGGGAAAUGGGUAGGUUUGUAUAUUGGAAUGUAAAGUAUUAUUUAUUCUGCAGGAAAUUGUGCCAGUCUCAAAGGGAAACGUGUCUCCCAGUUGGUUUUUCUUUCUUGUUCUACAAUCUAUAACAUUUUGCAUGUCUUCACUUUUGUCCGACUGAUACUCGAAUGCUCUUAGUGUUUGCUUGGUUCCCGUCGUUAACCUGCUUAGACAACACUUGAUGUUUCUUUUCUUACUACCUAACCACCUAGCCUACAAAUCCAAAGUGAAUGCGCACUCCUUUUUUCCACCAAGUACUUUGUGUUUUUAUUGAUGGUUACAAGUUUUUUUCUUUCUUUUGUUGUCUUCUUCUUGGCAGAGCAAAUGACACAGUCAGAGGAUCCUCAAACAGAAGAGUCUUAGUAGGAAACUCGGACUAUAUUUGUGACUCAAAAUUCCCUUUUGGCUGUUAAAGAAAUGUGUCGUUUGAACACAGCACAGCAAUAGUAGGUACUGAGAUGUAGAAGUGAAAAAGAAUAAUGGAUUGCAAAGGCUUAACAAUCAUUUGCAACCUGAAUGAUAUUAACUUGUAUACAAAAGACAGUUGGACAAGAGGAAAAUAUCCUCACAAAAUGACACAGUGACCCAUCACAGUGCGGCUUUAGACCUUUUGCUUUAUUUUUAGUAUUUAAGGUUGAGUGCAUGUGAGCAUGAGAGAGUGUGAGAGCAGUGCUUUGCUGAAAUGUGCAGCUUUUAAACAACACCAACAAGUCGAACAAGUCUUUUUAAGACCCUGGCUAAUGUACGUAUCCUUUCAUUAUUAGGCAGAAAUGUUAUCAAACACAUAUUUACCAAAAUGUUAAACAUAACAGUCUGAAAAUACCAGAGUAACUGUGUGAGAAUGAGCUUUUAAUCUGUGUAUUAAAUUUAAAGAGUAUUCUUUGGAUUAAGUUUACAGUAUAUACAAUGAAAAACAACAUAUUUAUCAAAGACGUUAACACAAAGCACAUUUUUAUUCACAGCUAUUUAAAAAAAAAAAAAAGGACACGACUAUGUUUUGUUUUUGUAGAUUAUACUCAUAAUAAAUGGGAUGUUGGAUAAGUAAAAUCCAGCAUUUUCCACUAAUUGUAUAUUUGAUGAAUGGGGUGCGAGUUUAACUUGGAUUUUGGGUCUUGCUAUCCUCCGUCUUACCGUUUCUGUUUGACUGAUUAUUUAGGUGGACAAUGAAAACUUCACAGCAGUUUGUCAGCGAGGCAUGGGUGCUGGUAAGGGCUAUAGUUACAAGGCAAACUCAUUUGCUCUGUAUAAGAUAGAAAUUUUCAAGUUGUAACCGCUUUGUAAUCCACGUUUUUAUGGAAGAUUUAGCUCUAAAAGUUCUGGAAGCUGAAGAGCAAUGUCAAAGUGCCAAAUCCCAAUUUCUGUCAGAGGCCUUUGUAUUUGUAGUGUGUUCGGUCCUUUGAGCCCCUGUUACACAGAACUCAAAACCCCGAUAUAUAUAUAUAUAUAUAUAUAUAUAUAUAUAUAUAUAUAUAUAUAUAUAUAUAUAUAUCCUGAGUUUAAACACUGAAUGUCCAAGGGUAUCGUUUCUGUAACCGUAUCCUCAGUACAGUAUGUUUACAUUUGUUACAGAUGAUUACUACAACAAAGAACAUUGUGCCAGUUUUAAUAUUGACAGCUUCAUACGAGCACAGAACUAUGCAUCAGUAGUUGUAGGUGAUUAGAUUAUGAGUAGUAGGGACACUUAGGGCGUUCCUGACCAAUGAACAACCAAAAAGUGCUGCAAAAGACACAGUCGGCCUCCCCCAGCCUCAUAAUGUAACAGGUGGUUUGGAUGUUUAAGACAUGUUUAAAUAUUUUACUUUAGAAACCAGUUUAAAAAAAAUAAUAAUAUAUCAAUUUCCUACUGGUAGUUUUUUAAAGUGUCAUUUGUACCUCUUUUGCACGACAGAGCUGUAAAUGGAUUAUGCCAUCUGAAUGUGUGCGAGUGCGUGUGUGUCGUCUGCUCCCAGUAUAAUGCACUGUAAUGUUGAUGCAUGUCAACUGCUGUAACAAAACCUAUAUUGGGUUAGAAGAGUGGAUCAGCUUAAGCUCUUUACUCCCCCACCCUCCUUUUUCUUUCUCUUUAUUUCGGGCUUCUAUUUAUGAAUACAAACAGUAUAUUUGUACAGAGAAAAUGAUAAUUUUGCAUCUUCUGUGAUGGUCUAGACUUUUAUGGCACUCCUGCAUGAUAGCAAUAAACUAUUUUGAAUGAAA